GCGGCAUUAUGCGUGAUUACUGACAGGCACCAGCUGCCGCGGUCGCCGGCUCCAGCGCGCUAUGUGGCCGCCCGGAUCGAGAGGCGGAUUCCUGGCCCGCCCGGGAGGGCCGGCCCAGCCCGCGCCCCCGGCCGCGGGGCGGCGAUGACCACUCUCGGUCGCCGGCGCUGAAGGGCGGUGGGGGCUGUGCCUGGGGCCCGGGCCGCGGGCUCGGAGCCGCCCGCCCGCAGAGGGCGAGGAGCCGAAGAGGAGACAUGUACGGGAAUUACUCGCACUUCAUGAAGUUCCCCACCGGCUUCGGCGGUGCCCCCAGCCACUCUGGCUCCCCGUCCAUGAGCCCGUCGGCAGCCCUGCCCAGCGGGAAGCCCAUGGAGAGCCACCCCAGCUACACGGACACCCCCGGGAGCGCUCCUCGGACGCUGAGCGCGGUGGGGACCCCCCUGGCGGCCCUGGGCUCUCCCUACCGCGUCAUCACGUCGGCCAUGGGCCCGCCCUCGGGCGCGCUGGCGGCCCCUCCCGGGGUCAACCUGGUGGCCCCGCCCAGCUCUCAGCUCAACGUGGUCAGCAGCGCCGGCCUCUCCGGAGACGUCAAGCCCCUGCCGGGGCUCCCGGGGGUCGGCAACCUGAGCUACCCGUCCACCAGCCCGGGGUCCCUGGUGAAGCACAUCUGUGCCAUCUGCGGGGACCGGUCCUCAGGCAAGCACUACGGCGUGUACAGCUGCGAGGGCUGCAAGGGCUUCUUCAAGCGGACCAUCCGCAAGGACCUGCUGUACACCUGCCGGGACAGCAAGGGCUGCCUCAUCGACAAGCGCCAGCGCAACCGCUGCCAGUACUGCCGCUACCAGAAGUGCCUGGUCAUGGGCAUGAAGCGCGAAGCCGUGCAGGAGGAGAGGCAGCGGGGCCGGGAGCGGGCGGAGAGCGAGGCCGAGGGGGCCGGCGGCGCUGGCCACGAGGACAUGCCCGUGGAGCGCAUUCUGGAGGCUGAGCUCGCGGUGGAGCCGAAGACGGAGGCCUAUGGGGACGGGAGCAUGGAGAACUCAACCAGCGACCCGGUCACCAACAUCUGCCACGCGGCCGACAAGCAGCUGUUCACCCUGGUCGAGUGGGCCAAGCGCAUCCCGCACUUCUCGGACCUCACCCUGGAGGACCAGGUCAUCCUGCUGCGCGCAGGCUGGAACGAGCUCCUGAUCGCCUCCUUCUCCCACCGCUCCGUGUCCGUGCAGGACGGCAUCCUCCUGGCCACCGGCCUGCACGUGCACCGCAGCAGCGCCCACAGCGCCGGCGUGGGCUCCAUCUUCGACAGAGUCCUGACCGAGCUGGUCUCCAAGAUGAAAGACAUGCAGAUGGACAAGUCGGAGCUGGGCUGCCUGCGGGCCAUCGUGCUGUUUAACCCAGACGCCAAGGGUCUGUCCAACCCCGCGGAGGUGGAGUCGCUGCGGGAGAAGGUCUACGCCACGCUCGAGGCCUACACCAAGCAGAAGUACCCGGAGCAGCCGGGCAGGUUCGCCAAGCUGCUGCUGCGGCUGCCCGCCCUGCGCUCCAUCGGCUUGAAGUGCCUGGAGCACCUGUUCUUCUUCAAGCUCAUCGGGGACACGCCCAUCGACACCUUCCUCAUGGAGAUGCUGGAGGCCCCGCUCCAGGUCACCUGAGCCGCCCCGGGCAGGUGUGUGUGGCCCCGCCCUGCCCACGGUCCUCCCCGUCCCCUCCCUGUCCCCACAGCGUGACGCUUCUAAUAAAGACACCUUUCUACGGC